AUGGCAGUCAUGCAAGAGUGUUCUGCUCGACUACGCGGUGAAGACCUCAAAAGGUCCCCCGAAUGGAACGAGUUCCUUGGCAGAUCUGGAUCCGAUCCGCAGUUUGUCGCACAAACAGUGAGCUACAUGAACGCUUCGGUGGAUCCUAAAGCCGUGUACAAUUGGGCAGAGACUAUCGUCAGCGCGUUGAAGCAGUCGGAAAUGCACCUUCAUCAUGACAUUGCAACCAUUGCAACUGUAAUUGAGUCCAUUCACCAGAACGAGGUUCCGUUCUCGAUCAUCGUAUACGAAAUUGGGGUGCUCCAACGCGUCGACGUGCUGGUCAAGGACGAAGUAUCGAAAAAGAUUGAAGGUCACGCGUUGAUCAGUGCCGAGGAGGUGUUCUUCCGCAUUUAUAUCUUCCGCUCCACGGUCACGAAUUCUAUUGAAGCUCUCUUCACGUCUCCUGUGCUACCGAUGUGCCAGAGAGAAACCAAGUACGAGGAGCUGACUGCAGAGUUCUUGAAUACUGCGCAUCGGUUGACACCGAUAUCUUCGCGAAAGCAAGGCGAACGUACGCCGUGCACAAUGCGCCCGAAUGAUCUCUCGCUGAUACUAUCGGCCGCCAGGUCGUCGUACCAAAUAGAGCGGCUCCAAGCAGCGAUGUGGCUGAAGGACGCGUGUCGAGACGAGGUAAAUCGCCGCACACUGUUGGCGUUGUUCAAGGAAGAGCUAGCUGGCGUCCUGUGCGAGCUGCUGCAAGACAUUGACCAAACUACCGUGCGCUUCGCUGUUUAUGCGAUCAAGAAAUUUGCUGAAAGCUGCGCAGCGCUGAACGAGUAA